UCUAGGUUAACGCGCCAGGAAUUUGUUUUGUUUUAAUUUCGUUUUGUUUUGGUGAUUGCAGCUUGUAAAGUUAAUUGUUCACUAUGUAUAAGAGGUUUAAGAAACGCACGCAGAAGGCCCUCAACACGAUCGAUGAAAAUACGACCAUAAAAGUGUCCCGCCUGGCGGAGACGACAACGAAUGUCUCCGUGGAAUCUGCAGCCUCCGGGAGCGAGGAGAACAUACCCGCCUCGCAGGAGCACACGCAGCGCUUCCUCUCCCAGCACAGUGCCAUCCUGGCCGCCACUUUGGGCCGCACCCAAUCCUCCAGUCGGAACAUUGCGACCCUCUCCCGGCAGCCGAACAACUUCUUCGAACUGGUCCUCAUCCGUGCCGGUGUCCAGUUGGACCAGGGCGACAGCCUGGUUCUCUCCUGCGACCAUGUCUCCAUAGUCUCCAAGUUGCGGGACAUCUUCAUGAGUGCCUCCUCGUACACGGAUAAGUUGGAAACCUUUAAGACUGGCCUAAAUGCAGCCAUGGCGCCCAGUUCCAAGCUGGUGCAGAAGCUCCUAACCGGCUGCACUGUGGACGCCGCUGGCGAGGAGCAGAUCUACCAGUCGCAGAACAGCAUGUUCAUGAACUUCCUGAUGAUCGACUUCAUGCGGGAUCCCUGCGUGGAGGUGCUGCUGAACAAGAUCGAGGAGGUGGCCACCGCGGAUCGAGUUGUUUUGGGAAAGGCAGCCAUUCCAAUGCCUCUACUGCCCCUGAUGCUCACCCAACUGCGCUACCUGACCGUUUCGCACAAGGUGGAGAUCUACGGCCGCAUCGAGGGCAUCUUCAACAGGGCCACGGAAUCGGCCAAGCUGGACAUCAUAGCUAAUGCAGAGUUAAUACUGGAUGCCAGUAUGCACGAUGAGUUUGUUGAGCUACUCAACAUUAACUAUUCCAGCACUGAAGACCUCUUUCAGAUGACCACAGUGCAAACCCUGAGCAAUUUAUCGCUUUCAGACAGAACUCAAGCUAAGUUGCGACUGCGCAUUCUAGAGUUUGCUACAAAUGGGCACUGUCCCGAUACGACCUUGCCUCAUCUCAUCAGGCUUCUGCUUAACAUUUUGAAAAUGGACACAGAUGACAGUGUGCGCGAUUUGAUAGGCAGCCUGCGGGAAAUGUUCAACUGGCGGCAUACAGCUCAUAGGGAUGAAAACUCGGCCACAACCGAAAGGAAAAAGUCCCAGCUUGAACUUUUUGGCUUCCUGGAACUUGGCUUGAUACGGUCUAAAAGAUUCUAUCAAGCGUUCCAAAGGUCCUCUGCUAGUUUGUCUGCUGAAGAAUUUACUUCCUUCGAUCUGAUUGUUUUGCUUUUGUUGAUACACGUUAAUGAAGAUAAUUCAUUGUACAUAGAAAAUAUUCUUCGUCGUCGCAUUAAACUGGAGCAUAUUACUGUGAAUAUUUUGGAGGAAGUAAGACUGCACUAUAGACACAUCCUGGAGCAACAUAUAAGCCCACUGAUGAAUAUCCUGCACGACUUUAUGCGCGAAAAAAAUCGCACCGUGUCCGAUUUUGCCAAGUCUUCGUACAGCAUUCUUUUUAAGAUUUUUAAUUCGAUACAGAAAAAUAUUCUAAAGAAACUGCUGGAACUCACCUGUGACAAAUCAUCGCCUCACCUGACGACAAUGGCAUUGGAAUUGCUUCGUGAGCUGCAGCGCAAGAGCGCUAAGGAUGUUCAGAAUUGUGCGACCCUUCUUAUUCCGAUGUUGGAUAGGAUCAGCGAUCUGACUCUGACACAAACUCGCGUCGCUAUGGAUCUGCUAUGCCACGUGGCCUUUCCAGAUCCCAAGCUAUCGGCCUGUCUGCAGCUUCAAGAGCAAGUCGAUAUGGUGGUGAAGAAGCAGCUAAUAAAUUCAACUGAUAAUAUAAAAAAACAGGGCAUAAUUGGCUGCGUGCAGCUCAUCGAUGCAAUGGCUCGAAUAGAAAAUAAUGCCGCAGAGCACGACGAUUCACUAACCAGCGUGGAAAACGUGGAUUCAUUGCCCGAUGGUCGAGGCAAAAUGGCCGCUAACUUAAUCAUUCGCACCGAGUCGUCCAUUGGAAAUAGUGUCGAGUCUUUGGCCCUGUUCUAUGAAGAACUGGCUACGGUUUUCAAUCAGCGCAAUGACGGAACUUCCGCCUGCGACUUGGACUACCAUUUUAUUGCCUGGGCCUGCGACGUAGUGACCUUUCGCUUUCAGGCUAGCUUUGUUACCGAAGAUGUGCCAGAGACGAUAAAGGGAAUUAAAUUGGAAUAUCAAAUGAACAUUAACGAACUAGACGACACAAAUGCCAACACUGAAUCGGAUGUCCUUAACAUUGGCAUAAAUAUAUCCAAAUUGGUUCUAUCACCCAAAGCCAAAGCUUGCGAUUCCAUUUACGUGCUGGCGCCUUUGUUCAACUGCGUAAGGGUGCUGUAUAAACACCGCCAUCAUGACAGCCUAGAAGGCAUCAAUGCCUUGCUGGGCUGUGCCAUUGUAUUGCCCUCAUUCUUCGAGGACGAUAACUAUCUGGCCGUCUUUGACAACUUUGAGGCGGAGCAGCAAAAGGACGUUCUCAGCAUUUAUUUCCACACCGUCAACUGGAUGCGGGUGUCGAUCAGUGCCUUUGCAUCGCAACGCGAUCCCGCCACUCGGCGUCGGGUCCUCUCUAGACUCGGGGAAUUGAUACGGAUCGAGCAGAGGAUUAAGCCGCUCCUGGCUAGAGCACCAAUAGACUUUGUAGCCCCGCCAUACCAAUUCCUGACCAACGCCAAGCAUUCGGUUGUCGGCCAGAAACGUCAAGGAGCCAAAGCUGCCGCCAAAUUCAAUGCAACUGCAGCCGAACCGGACCUAAGUGGAAACCAAACUUCGAUUGCUGAUUUUACAAUUAAGGUUGGACCCUGCAAGGCCAUUAAAACCAAGAUAGAUUUUGAGCAGAUGUAUGGGCCGCGCGAGAGGUACAGGCCAAUGGAAGUGGAAAUCAUAAUGCUGUUGGUCGAGCAGAAGUUUGUCCUGAAUCACCAGCUAGAGAAGGAGCAAGUUGGUGAGUUUCUGGGUCUCCAGGAGCUACGUUUCCUGCUGGAGGACAUGGUCCAGAAACUGGAAGCAGCAGUCCUUCGUCAGCAGGAUUCAUCGGAUGCGGAUAGCUUCAGGCCCCAUUUGGCCAAGCCAGAGGAUUUCAUAUGCGACUUACUUCCCUGUCUACAUGAGGUGAACAAUCACCUAAGCACUCUCGCAGAAGCCAUCGACAAAGAGCUAACGACUGUCAAUCAUGUGUACAGUAAUCUGGAUCUAUUUAAGGAGCAAUUCAACUAUAUUAAGACCUGCUUUGGGCUGUGUGUUCGACUAUUUGCCCUGUACUUCGCCUGGAGCGAGUGGGCCGAUAAGUCGCAGGCUGAACUGCUCCAUAAAUCUCUGCUUAAACUGCAGCCCAAGGCACAGUGGAAAAAACUCGAGAAACAAACUGUUCCCCAGCUGGCCACCCUGACUUUCCAAUACUUUUUAAAGUAUGAAAAGUCUGUGUUAAAUCUUAGUACUGCGGUUCAGCUUCAUCGGUUGUUGGGUAGCUUGUUAAAGGUGGGAAGUUCACAAAACGACGCGAGCCAGCCGAGAUUCCAGCAAGCCGAAGAAUUACGUUUAAUGUGUGGCAAGCUGCUGCGUCGUAAGUGGUUCCACUACUCUGGUACUUUGGACAAAGGCGGACAGUGUAACAUCUAUUUGGACGAGCUGGUCAAGGGAUUCCUUAAAAAGUCGACAACCGGAAAUCAAACGGAACUCUUAAACGAGCUGGUUAAACAAUGCAGUAUUCUCAAUACAAAGGACAAAGCCCUGAGUUCCUUUCCCAACUUUAAAAAGGCCAACUUCCCUUUGCUCUUUCGUGGCCUGUGCGAGGUGCUAAUUCACUCGCUCAGUGGCCAAGUCAGCGUGGACAAGCGUGGGGAUAGACUGAAACUUUGGGAGUCUACGGUGGAAUUGUUAAAUGGCUUGCUCAGCAUUGUGCAGCAGGUGGAACAGCCUCGAAAUUUCGGACUGUUUCUAAAGCACUCCCUGCUAUUCCUUAAGCUGCUCCUCCAGCACGGCAUGUCUGCACUGGAGUCCAUUGUACGGGAUGAUCCAGAAAGGCUUAUAAGGUUUUUGCACGAGCUCCAAAAGGUGACGCGGUUCCUACACCAACUCUGCUGCCAUUCCAAGACCAUUAAAAUCACAGCCAUCAUCAGCUAUAUUCCCAGUCUCCGAGAGACGAUUGAGACGCUGGUUUUCCGGGUGAAAGCCCUGCUGGCUGCCAACAACUGUCACUCUGCUUUUCACAUGGGAAAUAUGAUAAACAGGGAUCUCCACGGAGAUUCUAUAAUCACGCCAUCCAGUUCGUUUGUCGACGAGGAGAACAGCGACGAGGAAAUACCUGCUGAUGAUACCAGCGUAGAUGAAACUGUGCUGGGCGAUGACAUGGGCAUCACCACCGCUAGCGUCAGCACAAGGCCGAGUGAUGGAAGCCGACGAAGCAAGUCCUCGUCCCGCAGCAAAUGCUUUUGAAUACCCCCUCAUGUUUUAACGAUUUCAAAUAAAUCAUUUGU